AUGUCCGGCAGCGAUGUCGAACACGUUUCUGGCUUCGUUGACGCCGGCCCUUCCCAAGCUCGGCGCCUCUCCUCCUCCAGCACCGCUGAUUGCUUCUACGACGCUCUUUCCGAUAGUGGCUCCCACAAUCCUCCGCUGACUCUUCCAUCCUCUCGACCGACUUCCUCCCGGUCAGGUACCACAUAUACCACCAAGCAAGGUGUCUCAAGGCCACAACCCUCCGCGUCACCCGCGACCGCUGUUCCGAACGGCUAUCCCAACCGCCACCAUCGAUCCUCCCCCGACCCCGACGAUUACUACCGCUCACAUUCACCGACUUUGCCUUUGGAAGACGACUCUCGAGCCCGGACAGAAACUGCGUCGCUAUCCGGGACGUCGAAUCCAGUUGCGGACGCCCGCGCGAUACAAACAACACAGCGAGUAACUUCCGAGCCCGCCUAUCCGCCGGGAUUAUCGAGCGUAGAACGAGGACAGUACCGCUCAGUGUCCGAUACCUCUUUGCGAGGCCGGUCUGGUCUCCCAAGUGGUCUUGACUCCGUGCGACCCUUGGCGGUGCGCUCGAAACAAACUUCCUUCAAAGAUCUUGUCAACAAGUUCAACAACAACGUCGAUCAAGUCCUCCCAUUUCCUUCCGCUUCCCGAGACCACUCAAGGGCCUCCAGCCCUGUUGCCGCCGAUCGUAGUAUACAACCUGGAGCCGCGUCGCGUAGGCGAGACACCGGUGGCUCGAUUGCGCAGAAACAACAGGCCUCUAGGUGGGACUUGAUGGGAAACUCAGCGCAGGAGGCCCCAUCGCACAUUGUUCUACCCCCGUCGAACGCAUCGGACUUGAAUAACGGUUCUUUGGAUAAUCAUCAACCGUCGAAUCUGCUUCCGCGACGGCGUCUUUUCGGAGAGCUGCUUACAGUCGACACGGAUUUCCAGGGGUAUGGGAUACCGUCUCACUCCCGACGUCGAGGUUCUGAAGGAAGUAUCCCUAGUCCAAACCCUGCGCUUCUAGACCAUUUCGAUCCGUCGUUCAACCAAACACCAUUGACUCCGACAGCGUGGUAUCUGGGGCGAACGCCAUUCUUAGAAGCAGUUAGCACCGGGGAGAGCUCGAGUCGCCAUCGAAGGACAAGGAGCGACAUCCCUGGGAACUCGCCCGUGGGUGCGAGCACGCACCCGUCUGAUUUUCACAUGGCGGUCCCUGGCCCCUUGCAGCCUGGAUCACGAACGUAUUCGGCCAGCCCGCAUUCCAAGUCACGCAUUCCCAUUUCCUCCCACCGCCUCAACUCGCCUUCCGCUUCUGAUGACUCGUCACCCUCUUCGAAGGCCCAGUCUCCUGACGGUGGCCGGUACAAUGUUGAGAUCCCUCUUCCACCCAAGGGAUUGAGCCGUCUCCCCAAACCAUCUCCAAAAUCUCCCCGCGACUUGGUGCCGCAUGGCAAAUCAGCGUUUGCUACAACCACUACUCAGACCCCAACUCGUGGAAGGCGAGAAACGGGCUAUGGUCGUUCCCGGACGAGAUUAGCUGAUAAGAGUCCCCAGCUUGAGGCCUUCAUAGCUGCGCCACCUCCAAAGAAAUCGCCUCCCUUGCGCAGCUCUCGACCACGCCAGCCCGUAUCGCAUACUGCGCCUCCGACAUCCAAGUCGCGAGUGGGAGAGACGGUGUCGAACCUUCAAAAACAGAUCCACCGUGAGCGGGAGCUGCGGAACUCGAGGCCGCGAGAGCGGAGGCUACCCGAGCUGGGGACAGUUGACUUUGCGACACGACGCCAAAAGAUCCAGCAGGCGUUCAACCGCACGGUCAAAGAGAAUGAAAGGAGAGAAGAGGAGGCAGCUGAGCUUCGCCGACGAGCCUCUGAGCAUGAGAAUAUCUCGAAACACACGAACAACCUGCCGUCCGAUUUCGAGCCAAGUGAGCAGGAAGCAGUGCCUGUUGUUCAACCGGAUGAUACUGCAACAGUCAUAGAAGAUUCUGCCGAAGUCUGUGAGGAUGAGUCGCCCGAAAAUGGAGAUGUAGAGGCCUUCCCGCAACUUCACAUUGACACCAAUGUGCCGACCGAUGGUCCACGUGCGAUGACCAUGGAUUCUCCCACUUUAGGGCAUAUUGAAUUGCCCCGGGAUGAAGGCGAUACCAAAUCUUUCAUCUUACCUGCCACCUCUUCGCCGACUUCAUGCUCCGAGGAUUCGCCGGUGACCACCUUUGAUCCAGAACUGCAAGCCGAGAUACCCCAACAGGACGUGCAUACGUCACACAGAACCCUAUUGAGUGAGAUCAUGCGCUUCCGUGAAUCGAGCCCAAGUAGCUCCUCAUGUGAUGAGCAAGAGUUUGGGUUCUCUGACAAUGACGAUAAAGAAUCGAUCCCAAUCUUACUGAGAGACAAACCGGGUUUCGACGAUUUGACCCCGGACGAUUUCACCACGUCUAGGAUCGGACCUUUAGAGACAUCGGAUGCUGCUGGUGAUAUAUCGAACAGAUGGAGCAUGAGCUCAUGGUCUUCGUCUUUACGCCAUCAACAUUCCGACCACGGUCCUUGUGAUGGAAGUGGAGAUGAUCUCUCUCAGCUGCAGCAAUCAGUAGAAGAUAGUGAGCUAAUGGCCCAGUCGUGCUCUGCUUCAUCAAUGACUCCAUCCGACCCCGGCCAGCUUCCUUCAACAAUUCCUGUCGACCCUGUACAGAUUACGAGCUCUCUUGCGCAUGAUUCUGAUGCGGGACCUGAUUUGAGACAAGAAAAUACAGCCCCUCGCAAACCUUACGGACACUCCAAAACACCAAGCUUAGCAAAACUCGGCGGCUGGGACUCAAGGAAGAUUACCCAGCUUUAUCUCGAAGAGCUUGCCCGUGGCGGUAGAGACCACAGCCUUCCGCUUGACGUUCACGUUCGCGCUUCCCCUGAACCACGAUUGCCGAACCUUUCCCAUAAUGACCCAAGAGCAGACGGGAGGACAGAUAGUCUGACCGAUGACCCUGUUCUGGUAACCACGGUUGAUGGUGCUCCUGGGCCAGGCCCGGACCGACUCUCUCAUACUGCGAGCCUGGUGCUACGAGAUGACUGGGAACAUGCAUCCCCAUCGAUUAUGGAUUGGAUGCAGGUCGCGGCCGAUGAUGCGCCCGCGCCUGACACGAGUCCCCAGAAUGACGGUGUGCCGACACCAACGCUUGGGACUACCAAACCCGAAGAUGACAAUACAGGCCUCGGCCUGGCCAUCAACAUUCAGUCACCACAGGAGCCGGCGGCUCAUGAUACUAGCAUUUCGCCAGCCCCUCGUCAUGAACCUACCCCGCCCCCACUAGACACGCAAGUGGAUACCACGGUCAUCCGAGGGUCACUGGAGCGCCCUCGCAGUGUCCGACUUGCUCAACAGCCUGCGAUCACUUCAGAGACCAGCGGUUUUAUGCCCCUUGGCCCUGUUCACAGCACUGGAAGCAGUCAAGACUCUCUUGGGCGUCAUGAUCACGACCCUUCUCCAUCUCCCCAAGCGAGAGAUUCAUCUGUUACUUCGCUAGUACCUUCGAGCUUGGAGCAGCCUCGCACUAGUACAUCCUCUCCUUCCCCCGACCAUGGCCGCCUGAAGAAACGCCGACAUGUGAUCAAAGAACUCGUCGACACCGAGUACACAUUUGGGAGAGAUAUGAAAGUUGUCGAUGAUAUCUAUAAAGGAACCUCCAGUUCCUGCUUGGAUCUGUCCGCGGAGGAUAUCAAGACCCUCUUCGCCAAUUCUGACCAGAUUGUACUUUUCUCGAUGAAUUUCCAAGAUGCGCUCAAGGACGCGGCCAAAAGUGUCUACGUUAUGCCGAAAUCGCAACGGUGGAGUAGUAAGCGCAGUGGACGGAAUCCUCACGUUUCUAAGAACAACUCAGACAUGCCCGAUGGAACGGGUCCCUCGGACCUGGAAAAAGACAAAGCUACAUCCAUUGGCCAGGCCUUUAUAGUACAUAUGUCCCACAUGGAGAAGGUCUAUACCGAGUAUCUGAAAAACCACGACGCUGCCAACAAAAAACUUCAAGCGCUCCAGCGGAGUGCGAAUGUGACAAUUUGGCUGAACGAGUGCAGGGAGUGGGCGUCAGAUCUCACAAGCGCUUGGGAUCUCGAUUCGCUACUCGUUAAACCGGUGCAACGGAUUCUCAAAUAUCCCCUUUUGAUCUCUGAGCUCAUUGACUCGACAUCCUCGGACCAUCCAGACCAUGGGUCGCUUGUGAAGGCUCUGGAAGAGGUUACCAACAUUUCCGUCCGUAUCAACGAAAUGAAGAGACGCGCAGAUGUGGUUGGACAAGUUGUCGGGCGAAAGAGGAAAGAAUCGGACGUGAGAAUGGGAUUUUCCAAAGCAUUCGGCCGUCGAACCGAGAAACUGAGACAGCAAGUUGGCCUGUCAGACAUGGUUGCCGAUAAGGAUUACGACGCCCUCGCUCAGAGAUUUGGCGACAAUUUCUUCCAGCUACAAGUGGUCAUGCGCGACGCCGAAAUGUACACUCGUGAGACGCAGGGGUCAUUGGACCGUUUCUUCGAGUUCGUCACCGCUAUUGAAGCGUUCAUCGAUGUGUUCCAGUCCAGCUACCCCGAGCUUGAGGGGAAGUGGCGCGUUUUCAAAAUUUCCAUUCAGGACAUUAUGGCGGCCACCUUGCCAGAGCAUCUCGACGUUGUUAGGAAGAGUGUAAUCGACCCAAUGGUCACCUUGCUCAAACUCCACGAAGGACCGCAGAUGGUCAUGAAGAAACGCGACAAGCGCCUGAUGGACUAUGCCCGCUUCAAGGGUAUCAAAGCACGAGGAGAUAAGCCUGACAAGAAGACGGCCGAACAAGCAGACCAGUUCGUUGCGCUCAACGAAACCCUCAAAGACGAACUCCCAAAACUCUAUGCUUUGACGGCGAAAUUAAUGGAAGCUUGCCUGAAGAAUUUUGUUCAAAUCCAAACGACGUGGUACAUUGUUUUGCAGAAGAAGAUUGGGCCCUUGAUCGAUUCAUUUCCCGAGGAAGUCCAGAAGAUUGUCGAUGACUGGACUACGCGGUUCAACUUCUCGGAAGCUCAGGUGCUUUCUCUUGGUAUCUGCAAUGGCUCCCUACUCGCUGAUACCGUCAACCUUGUCAACUUCAACACUCCCUCCACAGCCCCGGGGGUAAGCUCUCCCCGUCGUCCCUCAACAGUUCACAGUACUAGCACUCGGGCUAUGGAUGAGUCGCCCAAGGCCUCUUAUGAUUUCAGCGCUAGCAACCAUUCCUUCCAAUCCCCCAAUUUUGAUGCUCAAUCUCAGGUGUCUCUUGGGCGUCAUCGUGCCGACUCGGCUUUCUCUAGUCGCCCUGCGCCUGACACUCCGGAGCUUCCCCGGACUCAAGUGCUGCAACAGGCUCACAGCGCAUCGACGUCAUUUGCCCCCCCUUCACACUCGCAGUCGGAACCUUUCCCUAGACUUCCCAGCAUCAGCCUUGACACUCCAUUCCUGGCGGAUAUCAUUCCACCUUCUAGCAGCGACGGCCCAACAGAUGAAACCCGUCCCAAUUCGUCUGCGGGUCGAUAUUCGGGCUUCUUCUCGUCAGCAAUGCCCAUGUCCGAUAGCCCACAGGAGAUGACCGAUUCCGAGGCCAAUGUGGCCAAAGAGGCUAAAGAGCCCACUGUUCUUUUCCUUGCCGCUAGCAUUUACGAAUUCAACAUAGAUCGAGCCCGACGUGAGGCUGGCUAUCCAUAUCUGACCUAUGUUGCGGGUGAGAUCUUCGACGUCAUUGCUGAGAAAGGAGAACUCUGGCUAGCCCGAAACCAAGACGACGCAACUCACCAAGUCGGCUGGAUAUGGAACAAGCAUUUUGCUAAGCUCUCAGCUUGA